UGCUUUUUCUUCCUUUCUUUCGCUGCAUCAUGGCUGACCAGAACGAGCGCGCCUUUCAAAAACAAUUUGGUGUGAACCUAAACCGUAAAGUAAAACCUGGGAUCACAAAAAAAAAAACAUUGCGUCGUUACCGCGAUGUUGGCUUAGGUUUUAAAACUCCACGGGAGGCUAUCGAUGGCACCUACAUUGACAAGAAAUGUCCAUGGACUGGCAAUGUCCGAAUUCGCGGACGCAUUCUUACUGGUGUCGUGCGUAAGACGAAAAUGCAGCGCACUAUUGUCAUCCGCCGCGACUAUUUACACUUUGUGCGCAAAUACAGUCGUUUUGAGAAGCGCCAUCGCAAUAUGAGUGUGCAUUGUUCCCCUGCAUUCAGAGAUGUGGAACACGGAGAUAUUGUUACCAUUGGCGAGUGCCGUCCUCUUUCGAAAACCGUGCGAUUCAAUGUCUUGAAAGUCAGCAAAGGACAGGGUGCCAAAAAGAGCUUCAAGAAAUUUUAAAUGUGGAUACAGUUUUUGCGUCAAUAUUCUUUGUGAAUAAAUCAAAUAUGUAUCUAAAAAUA